GAUUAUAAAUCGUUGUGGCUGCGGUUCCCACCCCCAGCACUCUGUGGAGCUCCGCUAGCAGAACAGGUCGCAUUGAUCCUGCACAGCGUGCCCGGCCUCCCUGCUGCUGACCUCGCCACACAGCCAUGGCUGAUCAACUAACUGAAGAACAGAUCGCAGAAUUCAAGGAGGCCUUCUCCUUAUUUGACAAAGACGGCGAUGGCACCAUCACGACUAAAGAGCUCGGGACGGUGAUGAGGUCCCUCGGCCAGAACCCCACGGAGGCCGAGCUGCAGGACAUGAUCAACGAAGUAGACGCUGAUGGCAACGGCACCAUCGACUUCCCUGAAUUCCUGACCAUGAUGGCAAGAAAAAUGAAAGACACAGACAGCGAGGAGGAGAUCCGCGAAGCUUUCAGAGUCUUUGAUAAGGAUGGUAACGGGUACAUCAGUGCGGCCGAGCUCCGCCACGUAAUGACUAAUCUAGGGGAAAAGCUAACGGACGAGGAAGUAGAUGAAAUGAUCAGGGAAGCCGAUAUAGAUGGCGACGGGCAGGUCAAUUACGAAGAAUUCGUACAGAUGAUGACCGCAAAGUGAAGCCUCGUCCGUCCCCCUCUAGAAGAAUCAAAUUGAAUCUUUUACUUACCUCUUGCAAAAAUGUUAAUUUACUCAUUCUGUUUCUGUAUAGCAAAACUGAAUGUCAACAAAUACCUUCUGUCCACAAAAAAAAAACUGCAUGUAAUGGUUGGUGGUCCCGUCCCCCCUCUCCCCUCCUCCAAAAAAAAAAAAAGAUGAGUUUUACGGUAUAUCGAGUACUCGUACUCCCUUAACAACAACGAGGAAGCACUUAGUGGACUCCUUAAGCUCCGUUUGCUAAUGAUUAACCCCGUUUGGGCUGGCCGCUUUUACAUGCAUGCAGCUUGACAAUUGAGCGCAGUCAGAUCUUUGUAUUUAAAAACAAGGCAAAAAAAAUAUAUAUAGAAUAAAAAAAAAAAUCCACUUUUGUCGGGUGGGUUCGGUUUGAGUCCGUAGCGUAAAUUGUCAUCGCUGGUUUUGACGUAAAGUUGGUUGAUACCUCAGGAGGGUACGCAGCGUGGCGGCUGGGGGGGUGCAAAUGUCGAGGAAAGUCCCUGGUGAUCUGAACGCUGUGUUUUUACCUUUUUAUUGUUUUUUUCUCUUUAUUUUGUACUCGGUGUGCUCCGAAAUCUUACCCGAAGAUGGCAUGUCUUUCUAAUUGGUUUUAACACUUUGUUUGCCUUGCACUAAAAGCGGAACGGGUGUCGGGCUGUUAACCGUUCACCAAAUUUUUAGAGGAUAAAAAAAAACCUUUCACCGCGGGGAGCAUCUUUUGGACUCUCGUGGGUUUUUAAGACUGUACCGGACUUUGAGCCGCCGGAGACCACCUUCGUAGGACGUCGGCGCCGACCGACGCGGCUGCGGGAGAAAGUUCAUUCUGUCCAUUCCAAGUUGUAAAUGCUAGUCAUUUUUUUUUGUUUUUUUUUUUCUCAAUAAAAGACCAUUAACAUU